AUGGCUUCUACUGCAGUUGGAGAUGUCAUUCAGACACGUUUUUAUCACACAGCUGUUUUAGCUCCAGAUGGUAAAAUUAUAAUAUAUGGAGGUGCUAACACUGAGAAAGGGUCAUUAAGUUUGUUCACACAAUCAUCUAGUGAAAUCUAUUUAUUUGAUACCCAUACAUAUACUUGGGUAACAAGAUUUGACCAACAAUCCAACUCUUCUACUACCACAAACAGUCCUAAUCUACCAAAUGCAACAACAGGAGGAACUUCACAAGCUUCAGAAACUUCACAAGCUUCAGAAACUUCACAGGCUUCAGAAACUUCACAAGCUUCACAAUAUGAUGCACGUUUAAUAGGUAUAAGUGUAGGUGCUACUCUAGGUGCCAUUAUUUUAAUAGGUGCAGUGGCAUUUUUGAGUUAUCAUUAUUAUAAAAAGAAAAAAUUUAAAAAUGUUUACCUUACACCAGGUAGUAAUAUGACAAAUUAG